UUUCUCUCAAAAACCUUAUCACGUAAACCUCUUUUGUCCCUCUCAAGCAGAAUGGCCAGCUUCUCGAAUGUGAAAGUCCUAGAUCCUUGUUUAUACCUCAGCAGUUAUUCCGGCCUUGCUGAAUCUAAGAAGUCCUUCAUGGAUUAUAAGCUGCAUCCAUUAUUACAGGAAGGCCUUAAAAGAAAUGGCUUCAAAUACAUUACAGAAAUACAGCAAGAAGUGCUGAAUUCUGAAGCGAUUUCGCUCCCAGGCGAUAUGCUUGGGAGAAACACACUACUUGCUUCUGACUCAGGCUCUGGUAAAACUCUUGCAUAUUUGUUACCGAUCCUGAAUAAUAUUUUCCAUUCCAAGGAUGCUGAAAAUAGCCCAAAAUCAGGAAGAAAACUCUUUGCCAACGCUGAAGAUCUGUAUUAUGAAAGGAAGUUUACUAAUAAGAAACUGUCAAAGGAUAAUCUGAUCAAGAAAUCUGAGAUGAAGGGUGCUCUAAUAAUCGGACCCUCAAGAGAGCUUCUCAAUCAGAUUUAUUCUUUGAUCAGAAGAUUGGAUGUCUCCAAUACUCUAAGGGUAAAUAGAGUUGGAUCCUCAGUUCAACUGUUCUCACCUAUUGUGGAACACAUCACUGCCCAAAGUGAGUAUCGAAACAAAAGAGAAAUAUCUAGCAAAGAUAUGGACUCAGUCUCGGUCAAGAAUAUUGUAAAUAAUUCAAACUGGAAACUUAAUGAUAUAAUGUUGGCCACUCCAAUGGUUUUCAAAUUCCUGGUUGAUGAUACAAUGAAAUAUGAUCCUUAUAAUAUCAACCCUCAAACGAUAGUAAUGGAUGAAUUUGAUCUCUUAUUUACCAACCCAGGUAUGUCUGAUGCAAUGCUCCAAAUCCUUCGGAAGUUUGGAGGAGAAAGAGAUAAGUUAUUCAAAGAAUUUAACAAUAAUCGACAAUUCUUACUUUCAGGAUCUACUCUGCCAGAGUAUAUCCAAGGCACAAAAUCUGAAGAGUUCCUAAACUCUUGUUUUAAAAAUCUGAACACCAUACAGACUUCUAAUUUUGGGAAGUGAAACCCAAAUCUCAAGACCCAGUUUAUUGAUGCAGAUAAUUUACCUCUGGCCCCAGAGAUGUACCUCUUGAGUUUAAUCAGAAAAGACAUUGAAAGAAAUUACAACACAGUGAUAUUCUGAGAUACUCAAGAGCAAUGCGACGAGAUUAGCUCAAUUCUAUUCAACGAAGAGAUCCCUAAUCUUCCUUACUACGCUGGUCUAGAAAGUACUUUAAGAGUAGAGACACUUCAUCAGCUAUAUAAAGGAAAAUGUAGAGUAAUCAUCUCAACCAAUAUUUUCUCAAGAGGAAUUGACACAUGUAAUAUUGGCCAUGUGAUUCAAUACAAUUUCGCUAAAAAUAUUAACGACUAUAUCCAUAGAGUUGGAAGAGCUGGAAGAAUGGGCAAAGCUGGGAAAGUUACAAAUUUUGUUACACAAAAAGAUGCAAGCAAUGCUAAAAGGAUCCGAAAUGCUCUUGGAAUAUAA